CAUUUCUGUCCUACACUGUGUUUUGUUCGUAGGGGCGUCUGAAGUAACCGAUGCAACUUCGAACUGACCUCUUUGGAGAGAAAUUUAUUGAGAACCGGGUGACUAUGGUUUCUGUUUUUUCCUGGUUCCUGUGUUCCCUGCUGGCCCUUCUCUUCUUUAACGGGGCCGCUCUCGCUGACGACAUUCGGAUGCUGCAACAAAUGGAAAAAGAACUGGAAGGAGAUUUCACCAUUUUGUUACCUUCUGGAGACAAGAAAGAGAGGCAGUUCGCUGUGCUGCAUCUACCAGGAAAGAAGAUCAACCGCCGAGACUGCCGUAAAAUACAAUUCAACACUACCAGAAAAGUUGAUGCUCACUGCAAUUUUUCCCCGGUGUUCAAUCAGCCACUUAGGGGAUAUUUAGAGACAGUAAGACACAGUGAGUGGCAGCUGAUCCACACGGCGCUGAGGCCCAUGCUCGACGAAUGGAAGGCUCCCCGAGGAUAUGUUAGGAAGAAAGGAAUGUACAAAACGAAAAGAGGUAUUAAUGAGAAAAAAGCGGCCAAAUGA